ACAAACACGCUGGGGUCUGAUGCGUGUCGCCUCGGGCUUUGGGAGCAGAGAGUUUUUAAAGAUGGAGAUGAUCGUGACAGAUUUCCAGCGAUUCUUUUUCUCUAUGACUCGUCUGUCUUCUUUUCCCUGGAGUUUUCUAGAAGAAAAUCUGCAAAGCAACAAAUCGGCCGAUUUAAUUUCCGACAUUUUGAAACAGACGUGUCUUCACUCUCUGUGCAGGAAGUUUCCUCCAUCAGUCCGAUACAGGAGGCUGUUUCUGUCCGAGCUCGUCAGACAGCAGGAGGCUGCAGGCUGUGAACCUCUGGACGAGCUGUACGACGCUCUGGCUGAGGUUCUGGGUUCUGAGGACGCAGCAGAGUUCUGCUACAAAAGUUAUUUACUGCCUGGAGGUGACGCGCUCAGUCUGCUGGAGAACGUUGCUCUGAUCUCACAGGGAACCACUGGUCUAGUGACGUGGGAGAGCGCCCUCUACCUGGCUGAGUGGGCUCUGGAUCAUCCGCAGACAUUCACCGGCAGGACGGUUCUGGAGCUGGGCAGCGGCGUGGGAUUGACCGGUAUCACCAUCUGUCGCUCCUGCAGCCCAUCGAGGUUCGUCUUCAGCGACUGUCACCCGGGCGUCCUGCACAAGCUCCGGGCUAACGUGGAGCUGAACGGGCUGAGCGAAGCGACGACGCCCGCGGUCAGCGUGGAGCGGCUGGACUGGACGACGGCGACGGAUGAGCGAUUACAAGAGAUCGCCGCCGACGUUGUCAUCGCCGCGGAUGUGGUUUACGACCCUGACGUCGUCGUAAGCCUGGUGACGCUGCUGUCCAACGUCCUGAGGGGAUUGAGUCCCGAGGUUCUCAUCUGCUCCACCGUCAGAAACCAGGAAACAUACGACGGCUUUAAGACGCAGCUGAGAAGUGCAGGAAUUUCCCAUCACGCGAUCACGGGAGGCGUCAGUCACGUGUUUCCUUACAACCGAGCGUCAAAGAUAGAAAUGAUUCGACUGCACCGAUGACACAACGCCACCACUGUCGCACAAUAAAUGUUUUAUUUACACACGUA